CUCUCCUUUUGCAUGAAUCGAUCUUUUAUAUAUGAGUCUUACUUUCGUACAUCUCAUCAUUUGAUUUGUUCUAACUUUGGUUCGUUUGAUUCGGGCCUUUACCUUUGUUCCAAUAGUGAAAAGUAGCUAGGGUUCUGUGUGUGUCACUGUGUGUGAUGGCUAUCAAAAGCUGAAUGAAUAUAUUAUGGUUCUCUUAGUAUUUUAAUGAAUGUGUGCCUUCUACAUGCGUCUUUCAUGGUGAUCGAGUCCAUAAUCUAUGGCAGGUACUUUUUUUUUUUUUUCCCUCUCCCUCAGUCCACUCCAAUCUCACAACAGCAGCAACCAUGCACACCCCUUUUCCUCAUAAUUUUUUUGCAUUUUCACAUUCAAUCCCACGAAAAUUAAGGAUCCCUUCUAGUGGGUUGAGGUAAUGAUUAACUUUUUCGAUCUCUAAAUUAUGCUCAUACUUAAAAGUGCCAAACUAAGGGUUUUUUUUUUUUUUUUAUUUAUUUUUUUUUAUAUGAUACAUACCACCAUUAUUGAUGUUAUAUGAAGUUGGCUCGGCUAGAAUUUCAGUUAAUAAUACUGUCAAAGCACUUGGCAUCAGAAUGUACAAACACACGGAAAUCAAGAGCAGGCUUUAACAAAACAAAAGUUAAUGGUUUUUUCUAUUAAUUUGCACAGGUCUUCUGUAGCAAUGAUCAAUCAAUUACUGCAGGUAAUUGGCUCCCAAAAAAAACACACUCAAAGUGUAGUGUAGUUAAUAUAAAGAGUGAAAGACAAAACUAUAUAUGAUAGUGGAUGCCACAUAUAACCUAAAAGUCCCACUACUUCUUCAGUACUACAAGUUCAGCGUUAUAUAUAUAUAUAGUCUUAUUAGUUAGCUGUCUUAUGCACGUUGCACAUGCGCACAAUUAUUUAUUGGCGAUGAUAGAUUUAUAGUUAUUAAUUAGUUGUCUUAUGCAAAUUGCACAGGCGCACAAGUAUUUUUUGGUGGUGAUAAAAAUUUAUAGUUAGUUGUCUUAAGCACACUGCACAGACGCACAAUUAUUUAUUGGUUGGGAUAGAUUUAUACUUAUUAAUUAGUUGUCUUAUGUACACUGUACAGGCGCACAAUUAUUUGUUGGUGGUGAUAAAUUUAUAGUUAUUAGUUAGUUGUCUAAUGCAUAAUGCCCAUACGCACAAUUAAAUUAGCUAUAGAAUUUGAAAACACCGUGUUAAAAUUUCGCACUCUUAUAAUUUUUUUUUUGAGUGUGUGAAACUCAAGGGCCUCACAUUUGAAAGUUCAACUAGGGCCUCUCAAAAUAUUUGAAAUCUCAGGGCCGGCCUUGCAUUCAACUCACUGUUUCUUCUCUCUUUCCGUUUGAAACAAUUGGAGUCCUCAAAGUCUGCCUCUCUCACUCAAAGAAAUUAUGGGUUUCGGAGCCCUAAGAUCCAUCAUUCGACCCGUAUCAAGAACCCUAUUUUCUUCCCGUUCUACCUUUGCUUUCUCUCCGGCGACGUUUUCGGCAACUUCGCAGUCUCCGUCACCGGAGGUCCGUCUCCUAUUCGGCUCACUUCAUCGGCAUACUCCAUGGAUUCCGGCAUCGAACGCGUUUCACAGCUUAACGGACACUAGAUUCCCAAAGCGACGGCCCAGUCUUAAGCCUCGCAAAAAGAGGGCUAGCUUGAGACCCCCUGGACCGUAUGCUUGGGUUAAAUACGUGCCUGGCCAGCCAAUACUUCCAAACCAACCGAAUGAAGGCAGUGUCAAAAACAGGAAUGAGAGAAAGCGUAGGAGGCAGCGGCGUGCAUUUAUAUUGUCAGAAGCAAAGAAACGAAAAUCUCAGGUGCAAGAAGCAAAAAGGAAGAAAAUGAUCAAAAGGGUAGAGCGCAAGAUGGCCGCAGUGGCAAGGGAAAGAGCAUGGGCUCAAAGGCUAGCAGAGCUACAGCAGCUUGAGGAAGAAAAGAAGAAGGCCAUGGCUUGAUUUUGGAUACCACAUAGGCUGAUGGUGAUGCUGUUUACAAUUCUGCCCUCAGGAAUGGCUCUCCUUAGCCAUGCUAACCUUUGUUGCAUUGAACAUACUAUCUUUUUGUGUUUCUCGCGCGUUGUCACUGCCAACUCACAUGGCAUUGAUCUUCUUAUUGAAUUUUAUUUUCAGUGUAUUCAGUGAGGUGUUAUUUCAGUGCAGUAACACUCCACGAUUGUUUGUAUGAGAAUGCCGUCAACAGUAUCGACACUGCUUGGUUUUGCAGAAGGUAAAAUUAGAUGCUGUAAUGGCUUUGCAAAACGGACAUCAUAAUUUUCUAAAAUAAAUUAAACUUGCUACUUUAGAGGA